AUGACUUGCCUGCCAGGAAGGCCCGCUUUACCCCUGGAACCCGUAUGGAACUCUGCCGAUGAGUAUGUCGAGUCUCUACUACGAUUCUCGACGACAUCCACUGUGUUCAAGAAUCUAUGUGGCGGUGUCCACAUCCUGGAUUUCUUGACUCGGACACCGGACUUGUACAGCACUGUUCUACCCUCGGAAUGGCGAGCCUGGUUUGAACUGAUAGACGUCCACGAUCUGUUGCAACUUCUGCUCCGGACAAGCACGCAGGACCUCAGAGAUGGAUCGAAUCUGGUAGGAGCUGCUGGGAAUACGCUCCCAGCUCUCCCGGCUUCCCUGAUGGAAUACAUCUACAUGGUUCGUAUACAUUGCCUUGUCAGGUCUUUCAACCCCUCCACCCGGUUCGAACGUGUCGCGAAAGCUACCACUGGGAAGCAUUCAAACAAAGACAGUCCGAUGCCGCGGCAUAUAGCGGUCGGCAUGAAGCCUAAGAAGAUGCAUGAGGUGUCGCACUUUGCCGAACAUGUCUCAAAUCUCUCAACAAGCAUCUCCUCUCCAUCGCUUGGAAAAGGCGACACGCAGGACACCGCCUCACCAGCUCCACUGAAGCUUGUCGACUUCGGCUCAGGUCAGAACUAUCUCGGCCGGACGCUCGCUUCAACACCAUACAAUCACCACAUCAUUGCGAUCGAGAGAAAGCACCACAACGUCGAUGGAGCACGAGGGCUGGACGUCCAUGCUAAGCUGGCCAAGAAAGAAAAAAUCAUGCGCAACAAGAAGGAGUACAAGCGACGUCUUGCAGAGCUUUCAGUCUCGACCUCCAACGGCUUGCCAACGCCGCCAUCCGAGGACCUGGACUUUGAGGUGACCGUUCCGGACGACGUAUUAGAACGACUGGCACUCGAGCAGAGUACCGAGGAGCCCGGAAGAGGAUCAAUGACCCACAUCGAGCACGAGAUUACCGACGGCGAGCUCGAGUCGAUCAUCUACCCUGGAGUUGAGACGACCGAAUUGAAGCCGCCACUGAUGACAAUCUCGCUCCAUUCUUGCGGCAACCUCACCCAUCACGCUUUGCGCUCGAUCCUGAACCCCUCUGUGCACGCCGUCGCGGCAAUUGGCUGCUGCUACAACCUGCUGACCGAACGAUUGGGACCCCUCACCUACAAGCAUCCGCAGCUCCGAUCAAUGCAUCCUCGUCUGGUGGAAACAAGCACGGCAUAUGACCCGCACGGCUUCCCCAUGAGCAGGCGUCUGGAAGACUACGAGUGGCUGGACGGCGACGGCACCACCAGUCGAGGCGUGAGAAUGAACAUCACGGCGCGGAUGAUGGCGGUGCAGGCGCCCAGCAACUGGGGCGAGGAGGACAGCGAAGCUUUCUUCACGAGACACUUCUAUAGAGCCUUGCUCCAGAAGGUUCUGCUUGACAGAGGCGUGGUCAAGCCAGCCGUUCCUCCCGACCACGCGGUGAAAGACGAUGCCUCGCCCGGUGACGGCAAUACCGGUACUCCUCUGAUCGUCGGCAGCUUGAGAAAGUCUGCCUUUGGCAGCUUUAGAGCGUACGUGCAGGCCGCGCUGGCGAAGUUGACAGCCGACGGAGCUCAUGACAGUGCGUGGGUACGGGAGCGGACGCGGGACUUGACGACUGAGAUGAUUGAAGCGUACGAGCAAGAGUUUGGGUACAGACGCAAACAUUUGGCCAUUAUUUGGAGUUUGAUGGCGUUCAGCGCGGGCGUCGUCGAGAGCCUCAUUGCGGUUGAUAGGUGGCUUUGGCUGCGCGAGCAGGAGUGUGUGGGCGAGGCGUGGGUUGAGACGGUGUUCGAUUACAGCAUGAGUCCGAGGAAUCUGUGUGUGGUAGGCGUCAAGAAGGCUGGAGGCGCUGCGUGCUGA